AUGACACCUGUGUUGCGAUGUACACCCUUUCGGAAACGAUGGAGUCUCUACUCCGGUAUCCACUCCGUCGUUCGCUUCUACGCUGUGCCUCCCUCUCAAGCACUCAACUCAGUGCCUCCGACUAAAACUAGAAACAUUGGGAUCAUUGCACAUAUCGAUGCUGGGAAAACGACCACUACCGAGAGAAUGCUCUUCUAUAGUGGUAGAACUGCUAGAAUAGGAAACGUUGAUGAAGGGGAUACAGUAACAGACUAUUUGACCGCAGAACGAGAAAGAGGAAUCACCAUUCAACUGGCUGCUAUCACUUUACCUUGGAACGGACAUAAGAUCAAUGUGUUGGAUACUCCAGGACAUGCGGACUUUACUAUGGAAGUUAUUAGAUCAUUGAGAGUGUUAGAUGGAGCCGUUACUAUUCUCGAUGGUGUAGCUGGUGUGGAGACUCAAACUGAAAAGGUUUGGAAACAAGCUUCUGCUUUAGGGAUACCUAGAAUAGCCUUCAUUAAUAAAAUGGAUCGAGAAGGAGCUGGGUUUUCUCGAACGGUUAAGGAGAUUGUUCUGAAGCUUCAAACCCGAGUUGUUCUUUGUAAUAUCCCGUAUUUCGCUCUGAUUGAAGGUGAAGAAGAGCCAAAGUUCUGUGGAGUUGUUGAUGUUAUUCAUAAAAAGAUAUUGAAAUGGAGUGAAAAAUUGGACAGUUCAGGUAAAGAAAUUGAGCUUGUUGAUUUGGAAUCUAAUGGUGAACUUUAUCCUGAUAUUUAUGAAAUGGUUCUGAAGACCAGAGAAUCAAUGGUAGAAACUUUAGGAGAAUUCGAUGAAACUGUCAUUGAAUCAUUUUUUGAUAACGAUGCUGAUUAUAUGAAAGUUCCUGUGAAUGUUUUAAUCAAUUCAAUCAAAUCUUUGACGUUGACUAAUCAAGUGACUCCGGUCUUUUGUGGUGCCUCCUUCCGUAAUAUAGGAGUUCAACCAUUAAUGGAUGGUGUGGUGAGUUAUCUUCCUUCACCAUUGGAAGUGAGUCUACCUGAAGUUACUACUUCUAGUGGAGGACUAUACAAGCUUUCCAAAAAAAAUAAGAAGAAGAACAUCAAAGUAUCUGCUGCAGAUACCAAUGGUUCAUCUAAAUCGACAAAUGCUCAAGUAUUGGUGAAACUUGAUCCUAAAAAAGGUGUUGUUGUCAACAAUAAUUCUAACCUUACACUUGCAUUGGCAUUCAAAGUGAUUACUCAUGAAACUCGGGGGGUAAUGACGUUCUUUAGGGUUUACAGUGGUCGUAUUAAUGCCAAUAGUAUGAUUCUAAAUACCAGAUCAGGGUCCAAAAUUCCCAUUAAUAAGUUAUACAUGAUGCAUGGUGAUCAGCCAGAACCAGUUAAGUUCAUAGGACUGGGCAAUAUUGGGGUGAUUCUGGGUACCGAUAACUCCAUCAUCACAGGAGACACUUUAGUUGGACAUUCGACUGAAUCUAAGCAUUUUGGUCCUACUGAAAGUGCUCUUAAGCUAUUACCCAUCCCUAUACCUGCACCAUUGUUCAAUGCAGCAAUAGAGCCUUUGACUGCUGGUGAUGAGCGGUAUAUGAAUGAAUGUAUUGCCCAAUUAAUGAGAGAAGACCCUUCACUCAAGGUUCAAGUCGAUAACGAAUUGGGCCAAACCAUUCUAGGAGGCAUGGGAGAAUUACAUUUAGAUAUAGUUCAAGAUCGGUUGGUCCGUGAUAUGAAAGCAAAGGUUAGGUUAAGAGAUGUUGUUGUCAGUUACAUGGAAACCGCAACAAAGACCAAACCACUUCUGGGGGCUCAUUUAGAAGAGAAUGAGGACAGUAGUAUUUCCGUCUCGAUUUCGUUGGAGUCAUUCGAAGGAAGAGCUGAAGAUUCAAUGUUUGCAGAAGAAGAAGGUGCUUACAUUCUACCUGAUAACAAUGUCUUGGUAUUUGAACCUACCGCGACACCAAUCUCCAUGCACUCGGCGAUCUCCGAUAGAAGAUGGAAAUCGGCCCAUACACUUGAACAACUCCAAGAAUCAAUAGUUCAAGGGUGUCUUAUAGGACUUCAACAAGGGGGUCCUUUAUAUGGGUUCCCCUUCCAUUCUAUGGUUAUUCGUAUUAAACUGUGGACUUUCCCCGUUGAUACCAGUGAAGGUGGUUUGUCCGUCUUAUUGGAUAUAAGCAGAAGGUCUGUACGUACCAGUGUUUCCAAGAUCUCAGAAGGUGAAUUCUGUCUUCUGGAACCAAUUAUGAAUGUUCGAGUCCAUGUUCCAUCGAAUUAUAUGGGAGAGACAGUCCAUGAUUUAUCCCACAGAUGUAAUGCUACUAUUACGUCUAUUGAAGAUGAUGCUACUGAUUUGGAUAAUACCUGGGCCACCGAAUUAGCUCAGACCAUUUAUGUACCUCCAGAUUUCACCAUGAAGUCCGCCAUUGAUGGAGCCAAUAGAGGCGGAAAUAAGAUUAUCCAUGCGGAGGUGCCAUUGAAAGAGAUGAUUGGCUAUUUAAGUAAGUUGCGGAAACUUACCCUGGGACAAGGCACCUUUGAUAUGGACUUGGGAGGUAUGAGAAGAAUGAACAAGGAUAGAAUGAAUUUGGUUAUCGGGUGA